AUAACAUGGAAUGAAACAUGGCCCAGUUCUACUACAAAAGAAACGUGAACGCACCCUAUCGAGACCGCAUCCCCCUUCGCAUAGUCCGAGCCGAGUCCGAGCUCUCGCCCUCGGAAAAGGCCUACCUGAAUGCCGUGGAGAAAGGCGAUUACGCCAGCGUGAAGAAAUCCCUGGAGGAAGCCGAGAUCUAUUUCAAGAUCAAUAUCAAUUGCAUCGACCCCUUGGGACGCACGGCUCUCCUCAUAGCCAUUGAAAACGAGAACCUCGAACUCAUCGAACUGCUCUUAAGCUUCAACGUGUAUGUCGGAGAUGCCCUGUUACAUGCCAUCAGGAAGGAAGUAGUAGGUGCUGUGGAACUGCUCUUAAAUCACAAGAAGCCCAGUGGAGAGAAGCAGGUUCCUCCAAUCCUCCUGGAUAAGCAGUUCUCGGAAUUUACCCCCGACAUCACCCCCAUCAUCUUGGCGGCCCACACCAACAACUACGAGAUCAUAAAGCUGCUCGUGCAGAAGGGCGUGUCGGUCCCCCGGCCCCACGAGGUCCGCUGCAACUGCGUGGAGUGCGUGUCCAGCUCGGACGUGGACAGCCUGCGCCACUCGCGCUCCCGGCUCAACAUCUACAAGGCCCUGGCCAGCCCGUCGCUCAUCGCCUUGUCCAGCGAGGACCCCUUCCUCACCGCCUUUCAGCUGAGCUGGGAGCUGCAGGAGCUGAGCAAGGUGGAGAACGAGUUCAAGUCGGAGUACGAAGAGCUGUCCCGGCAGUGCAAGCAGUUCGCCAAGGAUCUGCUGGACCAGACCCGCAGCUCCAGGGAGCUGGAGAUCAUCCUGAACUACCGGGACGACAGCAGCCUGAUCGAAGACCAGAGCGGAAACGAUCUCGCCCGGCUGAAGCUGGCCAUUAAGUAUCGGCAGAAAGAGUUUGUGGCCCAGCCGAACUGCCAGCAGCUGCUCGCCUCUCGCUGGUAUGACGAGUUUCCGGGCUGGAGGAGACGGCACUGGGCGGUGAAGAUGUUGACGUGUGUGGUCAUAGGACUUCUUUUCCCCGUCUUCUCCGUCUGCUACCUAAUAGCCCCCAAAAGCCCCCUGGGACUCUUCAUCAAGAAGCCAUUCAUCAAGUUUAUCUGCCACACCGCGUCCUACUUGACUUUUUUGUUUCUCCUCUUGCUGGCCUCCCAGCACAUCGACAGGUCAGACUUGAACAUGCAGGGACCGCCGCCCACCAUCGUCGAGUGGAUGAUAUUACCGUGGGUCCUGGGUUUUAUAUGGGGUGAAAUUAAACAGAUGUGGGAUGGCGGACUGCAGGAUUACAUCCACGACUGGUGGAACCUGAUGGAUUUUGUAAUGAACUCCUUAUACUUGGCAACAAUCUCUUUGAAAAUUGUUGCACUUUUAAAGUAUAGUCAGAGGCUCAAACGGGAUGAGUGGGACAUGUGGCACCCCACCCUGGUAGCUGAGGCUUUAUUUGCUAUUGCAAACAUCUUCAGUUCCCUGCGCCUGAUCUCAUUGUUCACUGCAAAUUCUCACCUGGGACCUCUGCAGAUCUCUCUAGGACGAAUGUUACUGGACAUUUUGAAGUUUCUAUUCAUAUACUGUCUCGUGUUGCUAGCUUUUGCCAAUGGCCUCAACCAGUUGUACUUCUAUUAUGAAACAGGUGGCCUAAAUAACUGCAAAGGAAUUCGGUGCGAAAAGCAGAAUAAUGCCUUUUCCACGUUAUUCGAAACACUGCAGUCCCUCUUUUGGUCUAUAUUUGGGCUCAUCAACCUGUAUGUGACCAAUGUCAAAGCCCAGCACGAAUUCACCGAGUUCGUCGGCGCUACCAUGUUUGGGACGUAUAACGUCAUCUCGCUGGUUGUUCUGCUCAACAUGCUCAUUGCCAUGAUGAAUAACUCCUACCAGCUGAUUGCGGAUCACGCAGACAUCGAAUGGAAGUUUGCCCGAACCAAGCUGUGGAUGAGUUACUUUGAGGAAGGAGGGACCCUGCCCACUCCCUUCAACGUCAUCCCGAGCCCCAAGUCGCUGUGGUACUUUCUCAGGUGGACGUGGAGGCAUCUGUGCAAGAAAAACAUUAGGCGGAAACCCGAAAGCUUUGGAACCAUAGGGAGGCGAGCGGCUGACAAUUUGAGGAGACAUCACCAAUACCAGGAAGUUAUGAGGAACCUUGUGAAGAGAUAUGUUGCCGCAAUGAUUCGAGAUGCCAAAACUGAAGAAGGCCUGACAGAAGAAAACUUUAAGGAGUUAAAACAAGACAUUUCUAGCUUUCGUUUUGAAGUCCUCGGAUUAUUAAAAGGCAACAAACUGGCCACUCUCCAACCCUCCAAGGUCGUUAAGGAACCUCUGAGUCCCCUGGCUCCUGAAGACAGAAGUGACGGCGGUGGUGGCAGUAAGGCAGCCAAUAAAAAGAAUUUCAGCCUUUUUGACAUAACUAGCCUGAUUCACCCACGGUCAGCUGCCAUCGCCUCGGAGAGACACCCCAUAAGCAACGGAUCCGCGCUGCUGGGUCCCGAGACCGCAAAGGAGAAACAAAAGAAAGUGAACUUUGUAACGGACAUCAAGCACUUUGGGUUGUUUCACAGACGCUCUAAACUCAACUCUGGAGAGGUACAGGCGAACAAAAUCUACUCCGUUUCAGAAGAAGUCUCCCGCCAACAGGCCAACCAACAACGUGAGAAAAACACUCAACUGGAAGCGGAAGGCUUGGCCGUGAAAUGUGAAUUACGCCUCGCCGGACUCGGGGAGCAGAGCGUGCCCACGGACGCUAAGCGAGAUAACCCAGAGACCGUGGAUUUACAGGUGGGCGAGGCUCCUUGUACAUUGGAGCCGGAGGCGCUGAUGGUUAAAUCCUCAGAGCCGGACACAGUUAAGGAGAAUCUGGACCAGGAAGGAGACAGUAACAAAGAGGCUGACCUGAAGAUCUCGGAGACGGUCGUUCACGAAGAUUAUGUGACAACCAGAUUGUGAUACUUGAAGACAGGAUAU